AUGGCCAAUUACACCAUGGUGACUGAGUUUCUCCUCAUGGGCUUUGCUGAUAGGUGGGAACUUAGAUUGCUGCACUCCAUGCUAUUCCUUCUGAUGUACUUGGCUACUCUCAUAGGAAAUCUUAUUAUCAUCACUGCCACUAUACUUGACCAGAAUCUUCACACACCCAUGUACUUCUUUCUCAGAAAUCUGUCCAUCCUAGACAUGUGCUACAUUUCUGUCACUGUCCCAAAUGCCUGUGUCAACUUUCUCACUAACAACCGGGCCAUUUCGGUGGUUGGGUGUGCAAGUCAGAUCUUCUUGGUCAUUUAUUGUGCAUGUGUGGAACUUCUGUUCCUUACCAUCAUGGCCCAUGACCGCUAUGUGGCCAUCUGCCAGCCCCUCCACUACCCAAUCAUAAUCAAUCAUGAAUUUUGUGUGAGGAUGACACUAGUCUCCCUGGUUAGUGGUCUCAUUUAUGCAGGUGUGCACACUGGCAACACGUUCCGCCUGUCCUUCUGCCAGUCCAAUGUGAUUUAUCAGUUCUUCUGUGAUGUCCCCUCUCUGCUGAGGCUCUCAUGUUCUGACACCUUCGGCAAUGAGCUCUUAAGUUUUAUCGCUAUCAUGGGGGUUGGUGGCAGCUGCAUCAUUUUCAUUGCAAUAUCUUAUAUUCGAAUAUUUUCUAAAGUGCUCAAGUUUCCAGCAAGAGAGCAAGGAAAAGCCUUUUCCACCUGUGUCCCUCACAUCAUUGUAGUCACGGUCUUCCUCAGUUCUGGUAGCUAUGUGUAUCUAAAGCCCUUAGUUACAACAGAAUCAAUUCGAGACAUGAUUCUUUCUGUAUUUUAUGCCAUAGUUCCACCCUUUUUGAAUCCCAUCAUCUACAGUCUUAGAAAUAAACAGAUAAAGGAAACUAUGAAGAAGAUAAUAUUAAGAAAAAUUUAUGCUGAAAAAUUAUAA